AUGGCGAUCCUUCCGCAAAUCCCCGGUCUCUGCGUAAGCAUUCGUGUUGCUGAUGAGCCAGCUGAGGAGUACCAUCCUCCUCACAUCACGCCCAUCAGAGACCCCGAGAUUGGCGAUGUGGUUCCGACCACUCAUUGCUUUAUUGAGUCUCAGACAGGCAAGAAUUUCUGUAUCAGAUACAGAUUUUGCCCUCUUUUCACCUUCCCUGAUGGCUCAGAUGCCAUUAUGCUCACAUUCUUCAUUGAUGGCAUUGUAUGCCAGCACCUUGUCUUAAUACAGGAGGAUCUCGACCGCGCUCAAGACUACAUCCAAGACAUGUGGUUUCGAAGCGUUGAGAAAGGGAACGGGCGCUCAGAGAACUACUCUCUGAUGUUUCAAGAGAUUGCACCUGUCGAGGAGGCCAAAAGAGCAACUGUUGUAUCUGAUCUCAAACGUGUCAAGGACCUCGGAACCAUCAAGGUCAUGAUCAGUUUUGGCAAAACUUCAGAGGGACCGGGACGUUACGACCUGAGUGAUGAGCGAAACAAUGAGUCGCUCCACGUCGCUCAAAAGGCUCUCGUCCUUGAAGGACAAGAGAAGACCCAUGGAACCAGGCAUGUUGACAUCCCAUCACGAGAAAGCAAUAGCUAA